CAGUACUGAUACAGUGAUACAUUCAUUAGAGACUUGUUGCCGGAAUCAAUGGCUUCUUCAGGAGUUUUUCUUCCAUGUUUUGCUCUCAUUUCUCUGCUUUUUGCUUGCUCAGAUGCUGCAGAUUACGUGGUUGGAGGGACUGAAGAUGCGUGGAAAAUUCCAUCUUCUCCGGGCUUUCCUCUCACCGAUUGGGCCAAGAAACAACGCUUCCAAAUCGGAGAUUCUCUCAUCUUCAAAUAUGACGGCAAAGUCCAUUCAGUGCUGGAAUUAACUGAGGGGGAUUACCAAAACUGCACCACUUCAAAGCCGAUCAAGAAAUUCACAGAUGGCAAUACAAAGUAUGAGUUGGACCGAUCAGGGCGAUUUCACUUCACCGGCGGAACCGAAGAACACUGUUUCAAUGGCCAGAAACUGUUCGUAGACGUGGAGCCUGCAGCACAUUAUUCGGAAAAUGAGCUGUCGACAGUUUUCGCUCCGGCUCCUGGACCGUCCAAGGCUGAUGGUUUGAGAGUUGGGUUUAUGGGCUUUGUAGCGGUGAUGAUGGCUGCUUUAUUUGGAAUUGUCUUGGUGUGAGAGAAUACGAAUGAAUUUAUGGAUCAUGGCCGAUGAAGCCAUGAAGAAGAUUUCAUAUUAAAUAUAUGGUUUUAUAUUGUGUAAGUUUUAUGUUUGUUUGGCUGGUAGGAAAAUUUGGCUGUGGAUAUACAAUUUGUACUGAUGAAUUUGAGAAAUGGAAAUGAGGGAGGUUGUGGUUCCGCUCCGUCGGACCCAAUCUAUUUACUUUUCUA